AUGACAAAGAAUACAAUCGCUAUGCGUGCGUUUUGUCUUAUUCUGUGCUACUUAAAUUAUUUCGUGAAAAGUGACGUGGUUCGUGAUGGCUACCAUAAGGCUAUCGGGAUACCGAAGGCAUAUUCGAUGAUGAGUGUGGAAGGUAUGUCCAGAAUAGUUGGAGGGAGCCCGGCUGGAACAGCUAUGGCGUUUCCUUAUCAGGCUGGCAUAGUCGUCACGUUAACAACGGGCUGGACAUCAGUAUGUGGCGGUUCUCUGGUCUCCAACACCAGAGUCCUCACUGCAGCGCACUGCUGGUGGGAUGGUCAAAGCCAAGCAUCACAAUUCACAGUCGUCUUGGGCUCACUACUGUUGUUCUCGGGAGGAAACAGGAUUGUCACUAAAGAUAUCGUUUUACAUCCCAAUUGGAAUACAAAUGACAUAAGGAAUGAUAUCGCAGUUGUGAAGAUACCUAGAGUUCAAUACACCAACAUCAUUCAGGCAAUUCCAUUGCCAGCCUUAUCUGACGUCAAUCAGGACUUUUCUGGAUUAGUAGGAACCGCGACCGGUUAUGGGAAAACAACUGAUGCUCAAAACAACUUCCCGCAAACAACAACUCUUCACCAUGUAAACCUGAACGUCAUCACAAAUACUGUAUGUCAGACUAGAUUUGACAUUCCACUUCAUGGGAGUCAAAUGUGUACGGACGGCGCAAGGGGAGUUGGGACGUGUGAAGGAGAUUCCGGAGGACCCUUAACAGUUGUAUGGAAAAAUAAACGGACUCUGGUCGGGAUAGUAUCUUUUGGCGUGGGUGACGCCUGUCAAGCCGGUCAUCCCUCUGUUUAUACCCGUGUUACGGCCUUCCUCACAUGGAUUCAAGCGAAUUUGUAAACUAGCGAUAAAUUUUUAUAAUGCCCGUAUGUUAAAAGAAAUUAAUGAAAUUUAAUUUUAGU